GAGAAAGCAGGGCCUUACCUGAGUGUAACUAUAUUCAGCAUAUACACCAAAGAAAUAACAUUUACCAUUCAACUUUAAAAGAAAAAAGCGCAAAAUAGACAUGUAACUAGGAUGUGUUUUAUUUUUCUGGCACUGCACUGCGACACCGAAUUUGAAUAAAUAGCCCACACCCCAAUCACUCGCAUCCUCAUCAUCGCUUAUCUUCUCUCUCCUUCUCUCUCGUUCUUCUUUUUCAUGUCACCCUAACGCUCUUUCUUUCCUCACACACUUUACGAACCAUUCAACUCUUCCCUCUCUCUCUCUCUCCCUCUCAUCUCUUCUCUUCUCCUUUCUCCCUCUCUUUUCCUCUUGUGCUUGGUGUCUUGAUCUUUUGUUCCUUUUAAGUUGACUCAAAUAACAACCAACUACUGCCUUCAAUAAUCCACAAAAAAUCAGAUAUGGCUUCAAACGAUGCCAACACCUCUUCUACUCAAGAGGCUAAACUCGAGUUUAGUGAACCCCUGAAAAUGACUAGGACCAGAACUCAGCCUGUAAAAAACAAUACCCAGAUGCCCGCUGCUACUCCAUCAUCUCACAAAGACAAGAGUAAGCAAGGAGCUAAAAAAGAAAAGUCUUUGGAUAUUACAGAGCACUUGUUCUCCAUAGAGGAUAUUGCAGCCCGUUACAGCGUCAGUGUCGAUGCACAAAAGCCAGCUAACAGCAAGGGCCUGGACUCAUCGGUGGCUGCUCAACGUUUAAUCGAAAAUGGACCUAAUCGGUUGUCUCCUCCGAAACAGAUCUCACCCUUCAUGAAGUUUAUGCAUUGCUUGACUUCUCUCUUCAACUUGCUUUUGAUCCUUGCUGGUAUCCUCAAUUAUAUCCUUCUUGCAGUUGACCCGAAGAAUAACAAAGUGAACACUUAUUUGGGUGCCAUUUUGAUCAUUGUCGCCUUCAUCAAUGCUGCUAUCGAGUUCUAUCAGGCUCAAAAGUCUGCUCAAGUCUUACAGUCAUUCUUAGAUCUCAUGCCUCAAAAAUCAUUUGUGGUCCGUGAUGGGAAAUCAAUCCAAGUCCCUGCAUCGGACCUCGUAUUGGGUGAUAUCGUCUUUGCACGAAUGGGUGAUAAAAUCCCUGCUGAUAUCAUGAUCAUCGGCUGCACAGACAUGAAGGUCGACAACUCAUCCUUGACCGGAGAAACUGAUCCUCAAGACCGUAGUCCUAUUAACGAUCAGAAGAAUCCUCUGGAAGCUCGUAAUUUGGCCUUUAACGGCUCUUUGGUGGUCAAUGGUGAAGGCUAUGGAAUGGUCAUCAGGACAGGUGAUAACACUGUGCUCGGUCAGAUUGCUGGGUUGACUUCUGGAGAGGAUUCUGGAAAAUCACCUUUAACUCGUGAAAUUGAUGACUUUGUCAAGAUUAUUGCCUCAAUUGCCAUCACGACCGCUAUUGUCUUCUUCCUCAUCGGAUAUUUCGCUGUUUACCGCAGCCAAGGAAGCUCCGGUAUCUCCAGUACUCUCAACUUUGCUAUCGGUGUCUUUGUGGCCUGGGUUCCUGAAGGUCUUCCUGCCACCGUCACCAUGUUGCUUACUAUUGCAGCAAAACGUAUGGCCACACAAAACGUCUUGGUCAAGGAUUUGACAGGAGUAGAGACUUUGGGCGCUAUCACUUUGCUCGCCACUGACAAAACUGGAACACUGACUCGCAAUCAGAUGACUGUCACCAAUAUCUGGUCUUCUCUUAAUAUGUACUCUGCUUUCCGCAGUGCCGCCAGCGCUGGAAAACCCUUCGAUGCAAGCUCGCCCGGUAUUCCUGAAGUCCUUGCGAUUGCCUCCCUCUGCUCUCGUGCAAAGUUUGAUCGUACCGAUGUCCCCAUCUCUGAGCGUCAGGUCUUGGGUGAUGCUACCGAAUCUGGCUUGACUCGUUUCGCUUCGGCCAACAUUUCCAACUUUGAUGACUUGAACGAUCUCUAUCCCAAGGUCUUUGAGGUCCCCUUCAACUCUGAAAACAAAUGGGCAAUGACUAUCCACCACAAAGAGCACACCAAUGGCAAAUUCACGCUUUUGAUGAAGGGAGCCCCUGAGCGUAUCCUGCGUCUCUGCAGCACCAUCUUGAUUAACGGAGAGGCAGUGCCUUUGACAGAGGAGCACUCGAAGGCCUAUGAUGAAAUGUAUGCACUUAUGGCCUCGAAAGGUCAUCGUGUCCUUGCCUUUGCUCAGCUGUUGCUGCCCCGUAACCAAUACCCCGAUGAUAUUGUCUUUGAGAAGGAGAAGAAGAACUAUCCUACCACUGGUCUUUGUUUUGUCGGCCUAGUCUCUCUAGAGGACCCUCCUAAGCAUGGUGUUCGUGAAGCUAUCGGUCGCUGCCGUUCUGCUGGUAUUCGUGUAAUGAUGGUGACAGGUGAUCAUCCCUUGACAGCUGAAGCAAUUGGACGCAAGAUUAAUUUGGUUUUAUCGGACACAAAAGAGAUGGUGGCCAAGAGCCGCGGCUGCUCGAUCGAUGAAGUCGGCGAUGAUGAGUACAACGCCAUUGUGAUCCAUGGAGAACAAAUUGACUCGUUGACACCUCAGGACUGGGACUUGAUCUUCUCUAAGCCAGAAAUCAUCUUUGCUCGUACAUCGCCCAAGCACAAGUUGCAGAUUGUGAAGCAUGCUCAGUCCAUGGGACACAUUGUCGGCGUCACCGGUGAUGGUGUCAACGAUUCGCCUGCUUUGAAGAAGGCGGAUUUGGGCAUUGCAAUGAACAUCUCUGGAUCCGACGUCUCCAAGGAAGCUGCUGCUAUGAUUUUGUUGGAUGAUAACUUUGCAUCCACUGUCCGUGGUAUUGAGGAAGGCCGAUUGAUCUUUACAAAUUUGAAAAAGUCAAUUCAGUACACCAUCUCUCACUCGAUGCCCGAGGUUGUUCCCAACUUGCUCUAUGUCAUUGCUUCGAUUCCCUUGCCUAUCUCGGCCAUGUUGAUCUUGGUCAUCGACCUUGGAUUCGAACUGUUGGUUUCACUCACCUUUGCCUGGGACAAGCCAGAGACAAGCACUGGUCUGAUGAAGCUGCCUCCUCGUAAGCCUGUCACGCCCGCAUCGGUUGAACGUCGCCGCCGUCUAGCCACCCGUGCUCUCCCCCCCGUCGUCGAUGCAGAGUCUGGUGAAGAGAUCAAACCUUCAUUCAUGGCCCGUUUCAAGCACGACUUUAAGGCCAUGUUCACCUCCGUCUACUGGCGUGAGAAGUUUGAGAGCACUGAAGACGAAGUCUUGGUCGACGCUGGACUUCUCUCCUGGGCUUAUCUUGAGAUCGGUAUCAUUGAGACCAUCGGUGCCUUGGUCACCUUCUUUGUGGUUUUCUACAAGGAAGGUAAUAUCACUCCUGCACAAGCUGUCCAGAUGCAAAAGGAGAAUCUAUUCUCGGCCGAAUCUCCCGAAUUUAAUCGUAAUCUGCUGGCUCAAGCACAAUCGAGUUUCUACUUAAGUAUCAUGAUCAUGCAGUUGUUCAACCGAUUUGCAUGCAUGUGCCGUUACCGAUUGCCCUUUGGAAAGUACAUGUUCACGAACGCCCGAUCAUUCUUGGGUAUCAUUGCUGGUGUCGCUCUUGGAUUCUUUAUCGUCUACACCCCUGGAGUUGAGACCGUGUUUGGAACGUCCAGAGACACAAAGUUUGUCUAUUUAUUGAUCCCUCUGGCCUUUGGUGUCUUCAUCAUCUUUUACUCGACCAUGCGUACACUUCUCCUUAGGAAGUUCAAGCCCACAGCCUUGAAUGAGGAGAUCAUUGGUUUGAACAUGGUCCCAACCAUGAAGACCAUGUUUAGCAGAACCUUCAGCAGGACAAAGUCGAUCCCCGCUAACAGGAAUUAGAAAAGUUUACUCCCUUAUCAUUUUACAUCUGUAUUGUAUAUCAUGCUUUAUUUUAUUCAAACCUCCAACCAAUAAUAAUUAAUAAACAAAGUUUUCCAUUAAAAUCAUUUUCUAUACACAG